AUGCCUGCAGUCACCUCAGGAAAGAUUCUUGUCUCCGGCGCAAACGGCUUCGUUGCCGUCUGGGUCGUGAAAUCUCUGCUCGAGCGUGGUUACACUGUCCGGGCAACUGUCCGCUCCGAGAACAAGGGCACACACCUGCGCAAGAUCUUUGCGUCCUAUGGCGACAAGCUUGAGCUGGUCACAGUGCCUGACAUCACCACGGCCGGUGCAUUUGACGAAGCCGUCAAAGGCGUCGACGCUAUCGAGCACACCGCCUCGCCCUUCCACUUCAAGGCUGAUGAGCCUGAGGAGAUGAUCACUCCUGCCGUGCACGGCACUGUACGCAUUCUCGAAUCCGUGGCCGCACAUGGGACCUCCGUCAAGCGCGUCAUCGUCACGUCUUCUGUGGCAGCCGUGUUCACUGCGCAGAGCACCCCGCGCACCUUCUCUGAAGUAGACUGGAACGAAGGCUCGAUAAACGACUGCAAGGCGAACGGCCGCAACGCACACCCUGUCAGCAAGUACUGCGCGAGCAAGACACUCGCCGAGCGUGCCGCGUGGGAGUUCAUGGAGAAAAACAAGGGCAAGCUCGCGUGGGACCUCGUGGUGCUGAACCCGCCCUAUGUCUUCGGGCCGCUCCUCCACGAGGUCAGUGGGCCCGAUGCGCUGAACGAGAGCAGCCAGGAGUGGUACGAUGCUGUCGUCAAGAGCACCCUCUCUCCUAAGGACCUGUCCACGACCGGCGCGGAGUGGAUCGAUGUCCGCGACCUCGGAGACUUGCACGCCUUGGCGCUCGAAAAGGAGGAGGCUGGUGGCCAGCGACUGCUCAUCAGUGGCGGCCUAUGGAAGUGGCAAGACUGGGUCAAUGCUUCGCGGAAAGCUGGUGCCGACGUUGCCCCUGGCGAUACGACGUACGACCCGAAGACUACGACGCAUUUGACCGUAUACGACGUGUCGAAGUCCAGCAAGAUCUUCGGCUUCAAGUACCGUACGAUGGACGAGACCACGCGCGACAUCCUCGCUGACUUCAAGUCGAGGGGAUGGGUCAAGGCAUGA